UCAUUCGGUGCCGCGUAGCCGUGAUAUGCCCACAUCUCCCCAUCCCGUCGCGAUUUUUGUGACAUUGCAUUUUCCACUGGGUUACCCACUCUUGGCGCGCGGACCCGAAUAUUUCUGGAAUACAAAUGGGCCCGUCCUGCCGUCCGGAGAGAGAGAAAUAUUGAUUUGUUUUCGCCCAAGUGCACGUCAAAAGGAUCAACUGACCGUCCCGGAUCAACACAGACCCCCCCACCAUGACCGUCACGAAGAGCACCCUGGCCACCGUGCCGCCGCCCCGCUGCCUGAACAUCAACAACAUCAACCCCCACAUCAAGGAGGCCAAGUAUGCCGUGCGCGGUGAGCUGGCCGUGAAGGCGGAGGAGUACCGGGUGCGACUGUCCCACGGCGAGAAGUCCCUGCCGUUCGACAGCGUCAUCUUCGCCAACAUCGGCAACCCGCAGCAAUUGGAUCAGAAACCCAUCACCUUCUUCCGUCAGGUGCUCAGCCUUCUCGAGAACCCGGUGUUGCUGGACAGCCCCGAGGUCCUCUGCUCCGCGCUGGGCUACCAGCAGGAUGUCAUUGACCGGGCCCGCACGCUGCUCGCCGAGGUCCAGAGCGUCGGAGCCUACAGCCACAGCCAGGGCGCCCCCAUCAUCCGCAAGAGCGUGGCCAACUUCAUCGAGGAGCGUGACGGCUUCCCCGCCAACCCGCACGACCUCUACCUCACCGCGGGUGCCUCCUCCGGCGUGAGCACCCUGCUCAACGUCAUCUGCAACGGCCCCGACGCUGGCGUCCUCGUCCCCAUCCCCCAGUACCCGCUGUACACCGCCACCCUGUCGCUCCUGAACGCCAACUGCGUCCCCUACCACCUGGAGGAGGACAAGGCGUGGGGCACCGACGCCAACGCGAUCCGGAACUCCCUGGCCGCCGCCCGCUCCGCCGGAGUCGACGUCCGCGCCAUCGUGGUCAUCAACCCGGGCAACCCGACGGGCGCCUCGCUCAGCCCCGAGGACAUCAAGAACGUGCUGGACAUCGCGGCGGAGGAGAAGCUGGUGGUGAUGGCCGACGAGGUCUACCAGACCAAUGUCUUCGUGGGCGAGUUCACCUCGUUCAAGAAGCGCCUGCGCCAGCUCCAGCUGGAGAACACCACCAAGUACGACGACGUCGAGCUGGUCUCCUUCCACAGCACCUCCAAGGGCAUGGUCGGUGAGUGCGGCCAGCGCGGCGGUUUCUUCGAGCUCGUCGGCUUCGACCCCGAGGUCGUCGCCCAGAUCUACAAGUACGUCAGCAUCGGCCUGUGCCCGCCUGUCAUCGGCCAGUGCCUGAUGGAGCUCAUGGUCAACCCGCCCAAGGCCGGCGAGCCCAGCUACGAGCUGUACCAGAAGGAGUACCAGGGGAUCCGCUCGGGCCUGCAACAGCGCGCUCUGGCUCUGUAUGAGGCGUUCCAGCAGAUGGAGGGCGUUGAGUGCCAACAACCUGAGGGCGCCAUGUACCUCUUCCCCGCCAUCACCCUCCCCCCCAAGGCCAUCGAAGCCGCGCAAGCCGAGAAGCGCGCCGCCGACGAGUUCUACUGCCUGCGCAUGCUGGAAGCGACGGGCGUGUGUGUGGUCCCCGGCUCCGGCUUCGGCCAGAAGGAGAACACGCUGCACUUCCGCACGACGUUCCUGGCUCCUGGCACGGACUGGGUGCAGCGCAUUGUGAAGUUCCACGGCGAGUUCAUGGCGAAGUAUAAAUAGGGGGAUUGAUAUAUGGAUAUAUGUGUAAUGCUUGGUUGGUUGGUUGGAUUGGUUU